AUGCCGGCUGAAAAGUUGGAGAAAUCGUUCAAGGAGACCUACGAUCAUUUCUUUAACUCUGGAGAUUCACUUUCGAAAAUUAGGGAUGCCGCUCUAACCGACCGAUUGUUCCCCAGCUACGACGAUAUCGAAGUACCAGGUAGAAGUCUAGCGUGGAAGCUAUUUCUCAUUCCGGACGAACCAUUGACGACCUCUCCAAUACAUCCUGAAACCCUCUUGACUUCGCUACGGUCCUCCAGAAAACGAUAUGCAGACGAACUAUCAGAGAAGAUGCGUGCCCCAGAUGGAAGUUAUGGUGAAGGGUUUAUACCACCGGACCCGAGCUAUGCCACCAAACGGGAGACUGAGAAGGCGACGAAUUUGGAGAAGAAUAACCCUCUUAGUCUCCAUACCGAUAAUCCCUGGACAGAAUGGUUCGCGGCAGUCGAGUUGCGCAAGACGAUAUUCCAAGAUGUGGAAAGAACAUUUCCUGAAAUCGAGUUCUUCCGGCAACCUGAAGUCCAGGAUCAGCUUACGAACAUCCUCUUCCUCUACUCUACCACGCAUUUGGCUACCGGUUACCGACAGGGAAUGCACGAACUCCUCGCACCCGUGUACUUUGCCUUGGAUCUUGACUCUACGAUUGGACAAUGCCUAGAAGAUCCUGCGGGGGGAGAAAUUUGUUCAAAACCUUGGGUUGCUGCGGACGCUUGGGUCAUAUUCGAAUGUAUCAUGAAGUCUGUGUCGACUUGGUACGAAUGGCGCGAGGCUCCAGAAAAGUCGUCGAACUUACCGUCGCCACUCUCUCACCAUGUGAACCUGAAUGUGCAAUCAGGACCGGUCGAAAUCAAACCGUAUGUAACGCCGAUAGUGAGAGCAUGCAACAGAGUACAAUCAGUUAUCCUCAAGUCGGUAGAUCCUGUGCUCUGGAAGCAUAUACAGUCGACCGGGAUAGAACCUCAAAUAUACGGAAUUCGAUGGUUACGGCUCUUGUUUACACGAGAGUUUAGCUUGCCCGACGCUUUGAAGUUGUGGGACGGGCUUUUUGCCUGCGAUCCAACAUUUGAGCUUGCCCCAUGGAUCUGCGUUGCUAUGCUCAUUCGAAUACGGAAUGAACUUAUACCAGCAGACUAUACCGGACAACUCACAGUUUUGCUCAAAUAUCCAGUACCUCCCGCAUCAAACGAGGCAGCGGGCCACCAUACCAGUCUCCUCUUGCGGCAAGCUCUCGCAUUGCAAAUGUCACCCAACCCGUCGACUGGGUCAAGCUUAGUGACCGAGAACCGAAACUUUCUAGGAAUUCCUAUCGAGGUACCUGAGCCUGCUCCUGCUCCGCCUCGGCGACAGCCUGCACAGACCAUUUCGGAAAGAUCUUUACCUCGUAGAUCGGGCGAACAUGCAAGACAGGCUUCUAAUACUCAUCUAGGAUUUCCAGAGAUGUUUGCCCGUGGCAUUGCCGAGAGGGGCGAAAGUUUUGGGAUAAACAAGUCCCUGAUGAGUGCGGUCUCUGAAUUGAGGCGUAACAUCCCUGAACUUGCGGCCUCGUUCAUACGAAGUCCCACGACCACCUCGGUGUUUCCCUUGACAGAUGAGAGCUCUCUGGCAGAACGCCCACCAUGGGAGCCGAAGUCACGGCUGCAGAUUGAGCGAGAAAUUGGACAGAUUCAGUCCACCAACAAACUCCUAGGCCAAUCGCUAACUUGGGUAGUCGAUGCUCUUCUCCAGGAUGAGAGUAGAGCUACUAAUCUGACGCAGCUGAAAAGGCGGAAGCAGGAGGCCUUGGAAGCGUUGUCCUACGUAAGAGAUGUUCUCAAUGGCAGCGUAAACGACGUGGAUCAGGAACGGUUGUUUAGUGACGAGGAAAACGCUAAGAGGAGGUUGCGUUCGACUCAUAUUCAGAGCGAACCGUCACCCAGGACCACACCGACAUCCCAAGGUUACUUUGACAGACAAAUACAUGCCCCGAGAGAACCAGUCCCGGUUCCUGUCGUCGAUUCGAGUUCCAAGGCUGGACUCCAGAAGCCUCGGAGUCCCGCUACGAGUCAAAUGGCAGCACAAAGAUCACAGUAUCCUACGUCCCCUUCCCCAAGUUCUCCUCUUGAGGUUAACACCGGGGGAGGACUGCGACUUGCGCCCUGGAAUUAUACCCAAUCUGGGUUCUCAGGAAAUCCAUCCUCUCUCCCUUCUACCUCUCUACCUCGACUUCCUCCUCGAAUAUCAAGUGGCAUUCACCGACAGGGCCAAGCUGCAAUAGUUACGCCUGCGCCGAAGGCGAGCGUGCGAGUAGAUAAACCAGAGACUCAGAGAACGCCAGACCCUCUUGGUGUACUAUCAUAG